UCACAACGAGACGCUACAAAGUUGUAAGCGAUGCUUUCCAAACUACAACGGAAACUUUUGUCGUGAAGGCCUUGUUAUUUGUUGCAACAGGUCCACGGACGGGACCCCCAAGCAGGAGAAAGUCGCCUUGCCCAUUGCGGGUUUAGGCUCUGGGAUUAAAGUGCUCGAUAGUCGCGCUGCUUUCGUCGAAACUGCCAGCGGGGAUUCAUGCUGUGUUGGUUAGCUAAAUGCGGUACGGAGCUACAAUGAUGCCGAUGUUCCUGACAGUAUACCUCAGUAACAAUGACCAGCAUUUUACUGAGGUCCCUGUUACCCCGGAGACGCUGUGCCGGGAUGUGGUGGAGUUGUGCAAGGAGCCCGGGGAGGCGGAUUGCCACCUGUCUGAGAUGUGGCGUGGAUCUGAGCGAGCAGUAGGUGAGGGGGAGAGGAUGCUGGAUGUGCUUCAACGAUGGGGACAACACAGGGCAGAGGUGCGCUUCUUUCUGCGUCACAACCGAGCCCCUAGCAGGGAGUCAGGAGGCUCAAGAGGCUCAGAGCCGAAGAGAAAUGGAGUGAAGGGUCCCCCAGACAGAAGGAUGGAGAAUGGGGUGACAACACCCAGGAUGGACAUGACGCUGGCCGAGCUACAAGAGAUGGCCGCCAGACAGCAGCAGCAGAUAGAAGCUCAGCAACAACUCCUGGCCUCCAAGGAGCAGCGACUGCGCUACCUAAAGCAGCAGGAGCAGCGUCAGCAGCAGCAGGCCUCUGAGCAGGAAAAGCUACAGCGCCUCCGGGAGAACAUUGAGAAUCAAGAAAGCCGGCUGAAGAAGGUCCGGGCCCUCAAGGGCCAAGUGGAGCAGAAACGCCUCAGCAAUGGCAAACUGGUCGAGGAGAUUGAGCAGAUGAACAACCUGUUCCAGCAGAAGCAGAGAGAAUUGGUGAUGGCUGCAUCCAAGGUGGAGGAGCUCAGCCUGCAGCUGGAGUUGCUCAAAAAUGGCAAGAUGGACAACUUCCACGAUAACCAGACCUCUGUGGCUGAACUAGACCGCCUCUACAAGGAGCUUCAGCUGAGGAACAAGCUCAACCAGGAUCAAAACUCUAAAUUGCAGCACCAGAGAGAGAGCCUGAACAAGCGAAACCUGGAGGUAGCUGCUAUGGACAAACGGAUUAAUGAGCUCCGAGAUCGGCUGUGGAAGAAGAAGGCUGCACUGCAGCAGAAAGAGAACUUGCCUCCUCAGAAGCCGUGGCAUUCAGAGCUCACCAAUGCCAACAAUGGCUAUCCUGUUAAAGAGAGGGCUUCAAAAGACACUCAUCCUCAGCUGCCCUCUGAUGGCCCAGCCGGACAGCAGUCAGGUCCGUCUCGUGUGGCAGCGGUCGGCCCAUACAUCCAGUCGUCCACUAUGCCCCGGGGCCCAGUGAGACACGACCUGUUAGUAAAACCAGCCUACCCAGACGGCACUGCCACCCUACCAGCCCACGACCCUCAGAACAAGGCCAGCACAGGCCUUCAGUCAUCCAAGCUGGCAGAUUGGAGCUCUGCAGGUCCAGAGUCCAACUCAAAUGGUCAUGGUCCAGCUUCAACACUGCCACGAAUGACCUCUCACUUGAACUCUCACACAGAACAAGAUGAAACGGAACUGAAGAAGGACAGGAAGGUACGUCCAUUUUCCAUGUUUGAGCCAACAGAGGUUCCCACCACCUCCUUACGAAAAAACCAGAGUAGUGAUGACCUGGUCAGGGAUGCUCAGUCUGCUGUUAAGGCCCCGGUCAAGGUGCCUCCACCUGUCCCCACCAAACCCAAAGGCCCUGGUGUUAUUUCCUACAGCAAACCAGGCCUCAAUACAGGCACCUUUCCUAAAGCCAAGCCGCACAGCCAGCAGCCUCAAGCUGCACAGGGCCGCAGUCCUGUCCCACCGUCACAGAGCCAGACACUCCCCCUACCCUCCAAGCAAGACCCUCCACCUGCCGCCACAGUACGGCCCUUCACCCCAGAGUUGCCCUCCUCCAAAGACACCAACCUGAGUAAGCCUCAGACCUUAGCAGCCAGCUCCAUUUACUCCAUGUACACACAGCAGCCUGGCUCAGGGAAGCCGUUCCAGCCUGGUAUACAGGGUGCACUCAACAGGGCCCAGACCCGCCCCAACGGAUUUAUCAGUGUGUACGGUAAACCAGUGAUCCCCAGUGGGGGCUCUAACCCAGAGAACCCUUAUGUGGACCGCCGCUCCCCAGCCCCAGAAUCUGAGGUGGACCACAACGGAGCCCAGCACAUGGGUCCCAGCCCAUCUGAAGGCUCUCAACCAGAGACUGAGCGUAUCCCCCGGCCCCUCAGCCCCACCAAACUUCUUCCCUUCAUUUCUAACCCCUAUCGGCAUCAGAGUGACGGGGACCUAGAAGCCCUGAGAAAGAAGCUCUACAAUGCUCCCAGGCCCCUGAAGAAACGCAGCUCUAUCACUGAACCAGAGGGGCCUGCAGGCCCCAACAUUCAGAAACUCCUUUAUCAGAAGACCACACUGGCCGCUAUGGAAACUGUGACUACACCGACCACUCCCACCUAUGCCGGGGAGGGAGAGAAGGUAGCAGAGGGAUCUGUGGGGCAGCAUGUUCCUCUGACUGGUGCAGAGAGCCAACCAUCAGAGGCGGGACAGUCUCUGGAGGGAGGACAAGUUCCAUCUCAGAUCAUUCCUGCCCCUGCUGAACAGACCAAACCACAUUCAGUAAUCCCAGAGAGCGAAUACAUUAUCCCCCCUCCUCCUCCAUCCCACCCAGCCCCCAGGCCAGAUGACAGCCUUUUCCCACCACCACCCUCUGCUGGCUUGGAUGACACAAUGCCCAACCUGCCUCCUCCACCUCCAGAAGGCUUCCUUGAAGAGUUCCCCCCCUACCCACCACCCCCAUACCCCAGUGGGGCAGAGCAGGACAGCUUGGGAGAGGACACCUUCAACAUGAAAGCACCAGAGGUCACUGGUCAGGUCACUCUGCCACCGGGGAAGAGGACAAACUUGCGCAAGGUUGGAUCUGAACGCAUCGAUCACAAAAUGAGAGUGAAGUUCAACCCACUGGCUCUUUUGCUGGACUCUUCUCUGGAGGGAGAGUUUGACCUGGUCCAGAGAAUCAUCUAUGAGGUUGAAGACCCCAGUCAGCCCAACGAUGAAGGCAUCACUGCUCUGCACAAUGCUGUCUGUGCUGGACAUACAGAGAUUGUCAAGUUUCUGGUUCAGUUUGGCGUCAACGUCAAUGCUGCAGACAGUGACGGCUGGACACCUCUUCACUGUGCUGCAUCCUGCAACAAUGUGCAAGUGUGCAAGUUCUUGGUGGAGUCUGGUGCAGCAGUCUUUGCUAUGACUUACAGUGACAUGCAGACAGCAGCUGAUAAAUGUGAAGAGAUGGAAGAAGGCUAUACCCAGUGCUCUCAGUUCCUCUAUGGUGUACAAGAGAAGAUGGGCAUCAUGAACAGGGGCGUGGUUUACGGUCUGUGGGACUACACAGGUGAAAAUCCUGAUGAACUGUCAUUCCGCGAGGGAGACUGUAUGACCAUCGUCCGCAGAGAAGAUGAGGACGAGAUUGAAUGGUGGUGGGCAUGCAUGGGCGACACCGAGGGUUACAUUCCCCGCAACCUGCUGGGGCUCUACCCGAGAAUAAAGCCAAGACAAAGAACACUGGCUUAAACCACAAAGAUCCCUGCACAUUUCAGUCUGCCACAACACUCCAAAAUGAACACACACAGGCUUUAACAGACUGGGGAAGAGAAGGACACUGCUGAAAUGAAGAGACAAGGACAGACCAAACAAUAUGAAGGAUCAGCUAUGAACUCUUUCUGGCCCAACUGGCACUUUUCUGUAUCUACAGCUGAGGGACUCCCUCACAUAUCUUUCCACGCCACACUGUGUACUGUGUACUGAAGACACAAAUGGCAUUGUUUUUCAUUAUUCCACUGUUUUUGUUUUUUUGUAAUCAGAUAUAAGUGUCUGAAAUAGUUUCCUAAAAUGACAAACUCAAAUGUCGGGAUGUAAAUGGAACAAGCAGUAUUCUUAUUGCUAGAAAAUGAUUUUUACACUUUUAAAUAGUCUUUUAAAACUUGCUCUCUGGUUAUUUUCUAACACACUUUGGGCUCUACUUGCAUUGAGAUGAAUGAGUGGAUAAUGAUGAGGAUGCUUUUGAAAUGCUCUGUAACCAUGACAAUCUUUGGGUGCUUGUUUCUCAUUAUCUGUUACUGAGUGACUGUGCCUCUAUAUUUCUGCACUGGAGGUGUAAAGUUUCCACUGUGAGUACCACUGUUAGAUAAUAGAUAAUGAAAUGACUGGUGGAGAAACGGUUAUGAAGGUUUCGAUUGAUCUGUUGCUGUUCAUUCUGUGGUCCAUGAUACCCAGAGAGCCAGUCUGCUUUCCUGCAUUGGCACAUGGUUGAGAUGCCAUAGAUAGUUUUGUCACAAAACUAGUGAAAUCUUACUGUAGGAAUUAUAUUAUUAUGAAAAUGGACUUUUGAAACUCUGAAGAGGCCCCUUUGACCAAGAAGAAGUCAUGCAGUAUGAAUUUUAAUGUUUUAUCACAGCCAUUCCAUGACAAUACAGUAAUGAACAGUAAGAAAGCUAGCCUAAUACCAGAAAGGGUGACUCUUUGUCGUAUUUGGUAACAAAAGACACUAUAUUCUAAAGUCGGAGACAAUUUCUAAAUCACAUCAUUUCUUGAAAGCAAAAAGUUAUAUAAAAAAGAUGGAACUUGUACAUUAUGAAUUCCCAAAACUCAACUCAUCACAUCUCUCUGUCACUGCAGAUGUAUUUAUUUUUGUUACUUUUUUCUUUAGCCGUUUUGUCUGAACUAUAACCACAAAUGUACUGUAGUAUUUCAAACAUUUAUAAUAAAAUACUUUGU